AGAUCAAAAAGAGGAGAAACAGAAGGGAUGCCUUCCAAAAUUUGGUUCUCUCUGAAGAAAUCAUUGAAGUGCGAACUAAAGCCAUCAGACGUGCAUGAUCCAAGGGCCAAGAGCGAUCUGAGCGGCAUUCAGACAAGAAAUUCAAUCAAGUCUGAAUGUUCAAGAUCCUUGUCAAAUCUACGAGAGUUCAUUCAUGGGAGCACGAGGUAUACAGAGAAGCCACUAACUAGUAGCCCAAGAUCUCUAGAAAGCACUGAUUUUCUCAACUCUAUAGCACAUGAAGUAGUCCUUUGUGACACUAAAUGUGAACUGAAGAUUACAGGUGGCAGGGGCUGUGACAAGGGUGGUUCCUCCUUUGUUGAUAUCCUUAAGCUACGGACACCUCGUCCUAGAGGACAUGACAUUGUGUCCCCCAGAAGGUCAAGUAGCUAUUCAAGGAAGAAACAUGGUGAUUCUCCUAUAUAUUGUAAUGGAAACGGUGUAUCUUCCAAGCCUAAAAGCUCUCAUGAUGCAGAUUCUUAUGGUUCUCCAUCUUUAGUUUGCAAGAAAUGUUAUGCAAAAUUUAAGAAGUUGGAUGCUUAUGAGGCACAUCAUCUUUCAUACCAUGCUGUUACUGAACUUGUGGAAGGGGACUCAUCUAGGAGGAUAGUAGAAUUAAUCUGCAGAACAAGGUGGUUACAAUCUGAGAACAACUGUGUUACUAUAGAGAGGGUUUUGAAGGUCCACAACAUGCAAAUGACCCUUGUUCAAUUUGAAGAACAUAGAGAAAUGGUGAAAAUCAAAGCUAGCAAACUGCCUACGAAACAUUCGCGUUGUCUCGCCGACGGCAAUGAGCUUUUGAGGUUCCAUGGCACAACUGUUGCUUGUUCUCUUGGUCUGAAUGGCUCCUCUAGUCUUUGUAGAAUGGAGAAAUGCGGUGUAUGCCAGAUUUUGAGACAUGGGUUCACUGAUAAAGAUGUCAACGGCAUUGGGGUCGGAAUUUUUACUACUUCCACAAGUGGAAGAGCCUUGGAAUCUGUAGAAGCAAGUCAAGAUAACCAAGAUGUAAGAAAGGCUUUGUUACUAUGUAGAGUUAUUGCUGGAAGGGUUCGUAGGCCUUUGGAAAACGCUCAAGAAAUUGCAGGUCAAUCAGGCUUUGAUUCACUUGCUGGGAAAGCUGGUCAAAAUUCACAUCUACUUGAGGAACUGUAUCUGCUAAAUCCCAAAGCUCUCCUUCCUUGCUUUGUGGUAACUUGUAAUCAUGAAUGUUAAGAGAUCAAAUACAAGUUAUGAAAAUUCUUCUCUGCUUUCA